AUGUCUCCUGACUCUCGUCCAAAGCAGCACAUCGUCUUCUUGACGGGGCCGACGGGGACCGGCAAGACCACCAUAGCAAAACACCUCACCGAAUCUCUUCACAUGACCUUCAUCGAGGGCGACGACUACCACCCCAAAGAAAACGUCGAAAAGAUGCACCGCGGCGAGGCCCUCACCGACGACGACCGCUGGGGCUGGCUCGACGCCCUCCGCGACGAGUCCCUCCGCGAGCUGGAUCGCGACGGCGAAGGCGGCGGCGAUGGCGUCGUCGUCACCUGCUCCGCACUCAAGCGGGCCUACCGCGACGUCCUGCGCGGCGCCUCCCACCCGGAGAGGGACAUCUUCGUCCACUUCGUCACCCUGCACGCCCCCGAGCCCGUGCUCCUCGACCGUGUCAGGCACAGGCACGGCCACUUCGCCGGCGCCAACCUCGUGCACAGCCAGUUCCAGAGCCUCGACCCGCCCCAGGCGGACGAGCCGGACGUUGUCGCUGUCGACGUGCGGCCCCCAGUAGAGGAGGUCAAGAGGGACGCGUUGGCGAAGCUCAAGGAGUUACUGGGUAGAUAG